AAAGAAGAAAAACCCUUCUUCCAACCGACAAUAUAUGCACUCUCACUUUCCUAUUACUACUGCUGAAAGCAAAAGUAAGAAACAAAAAAAAGAAAAGAAGAAGAAGAGAAGAAAGAGUCACAGUGGCUAAACAUUUAUGAGCUGCUCCCCUCAUAAAGUUAAAAACUUUCUAGCUUAGGGAGAGCCUCACACUACAAACACUGCUGCUUCAACAAAAUCUAUCCCACUUUUUUACUACUAACACAUUUUUAUUUUUUUCAAACUAGUUAACUUUGUGGCAGCAUUUAGUAUAGUAUAGUGUAUAGUAGUAGGAUACUGUUAUCAGAGCUUGCAUCCAAAAGGGGUAGUAAAAAAGGGGAUCCCAAAAGAUCGCUCACCUCAAUUUCACUUUUUUUGCUCUAGUUUUUAACUAAAAGGUAUUGUCUUUAAUGCUUUUUUACUGUGGUCCAGGCUUCCAGCUCUCACUCGACCAAUUUCAUGAAAAACUAAGACUUCCACUACUAGUAAUCAUUGAAAAAGGGCUUCAGUUCAAUUCAAGAGAAAUGGAUUGGAAUGGGAAUAAUAUUAGGCCACCUUUCAUAUCUCGGCCUGAUACUUCUGCUCUGAGUUUCUUCUACAACUCUUGUAGUUAUGAUCCCUAUCAAAUGGUGGAGAUGAAGCAUGCAAUGCAGACGAGUCAGGCAGGAAUGUGUUCUGGAUUGGAGAAGAACAUGAUGAGUAGUUAUGGGAUGAUGAGUAAUCAGGAGAAGAAGAAGAGACUGACAACUGAUCAGUUGGAGUCAUUGGAGAAUAGCUUCCAGGAAGAGAUCAAACUGGAUCCUGACAGGAAGAUGAAGCUGGCUAAGGAGCUUGGACUUCAGCCCCGCCAAAUCGCAGUUUGGUUUCAGAACAGAAGGGCUAGGUGGAAAGCCAAGCAGCUUGAACGCUUGUAUGAUUCCUUGAAACAGGAACUUGAUUCCGUCUCCAGAGAGAAGCAAAAACUCCAAGAAGAGGUUCUGGCAUUGAGAGCAAUUCUGAAAGAGCAAAUUGGUAAGAAGCCGGUGUCUGCUGGUUACACUGAAAUUUCCGGUACUGAAGAAACAGUAGAAAGCACCUCCAUUCCAAGCUCUAAAACGCGAGAAGGCGGAAACCACCACCAGCAGCAGCAAAUAGCGGCGGAAUGCAGCUACGUGUUCAACGUGGAUGACUAUAAUAACCCGGCUGGCGUCAAUGUCAUCCCACCCGCGUAUUGGCCUACUCUGCCUUCAUACCCAUAGAAAUUUUAACCUAAGACUCCAUGAAUGAAGCUAGCUUGCAUGCUUAUUUUUCAAGUACUACUGGCCCUUCAGUUUGUUUAUAAUCAUGUUUUAACAACGUUUGUUGUAGUAGUAUUAGUGACUGCCCUAGAUUUUGUUAGAUUCUGACGAUGAAUGACGACGACCAUGUUAGCUACCUGUAGAAGAAGAUGAGUGGAACAACAACUUUCUUUUCUUCCUAGUCAACCUUAAAAAUCCCUUUUAAUAGUAUAUGAUUUGACGUACGUG